CUGUGAAACAACGAAGAACGUUCUUCCAAGCGAGCGAGCGAAGAAUUCGCUGAGAGUGCAAUUAAAAGCGUGGAAAGCGGAAGAAAGACAGUGUGUAGAACGUUCUUCCGAACGAGGCGAUCGGGCGAGGGAGGAGUUCGCCAAGAGUGCAAUUGAAAGGGUGGGGAAGGUGGAAGAAAGUGGCGGGAGAGAAGAGAUAAGAAACCCUCUAAUUAUAGGCACCACUGAUGGUCUAAAAAUAAACAACCACAAACACCAGCAAACAAACAAUUAGAGGGAGUCAAACAGCUGUUGAUUCUACGCUCUCCCACAGAAAGAGAUAGAGAUAAGGACGAACUGUGAGAGAAGUGAAUCGCAGCAAGCGAAUGAGAGAGAAAGAGAGCGGCGGGUGAUCGCUAAAGAUAGGAAUACGUGGUACUCCCAAGAAAACGGCAGCUUUACGUUCCAGCAUUCAAGCGUCCAACUUCCAAAAGCGUUUCCAAUUCCAAGCCAGUCGCAACGUCAGCGGAAUACCGCUACAAAUCGCUAUAUUUCUCAGUCGUCUUUCCCAUUCACUCUCUCCUCCUCGUUCUCCUGCGGUCAGUCACAUAUACCCGCACUCUUCUGUUCCUGCCACAAUACUUCACGCGAUGCCACAACAACUAGUGGACGCAGCAGCAGCAGCAGCAACAGCAACAGCAACAGCAACAGCCGCAACAGCAACAGUCGAAAACGCAGCAGCCGCAGCAGAAGUUAACCACUUGUUCGAUUGCCCGCACUCCAAUUGCCAAUCGAUAGCCAAAGGACAUUAACCGUUCUUCAAACUCAAAGCUCGCGGAUAUUUAUCGAUUCGUUUUUUUUUUGCACGUACAAAACCUCGAAAAACCUUAAAACCCAACCUACAAACCCACCAAAAAAAAAAAUCAAAAAGCAAAAUUAUCCCCUAUUUUUAGUCGUUUUGUUUUGUUUUUUUUUUUUUUUUCGUCAAUUGAUUGUGAUUUUGAAACUGUGUGAUCGCAAAAGAAAAUCUGCAAAUUACCAAAAAAGAAAGUUCCUUAAGCAAGUGAUAAUCCGAUAGAAACUCUGAAGACAAAAAAAGGAAAGAGAGCGCCUGGAGAUAUAUAAAUAUAUAUACAUUUACAUCGAGCUACAAUAUACAUAUAUAUAUAUCAACGCAUCGAUCUUUAUACAUCGAAGACUACAAAGGAAUCCAAUAAAUACCGUCACAACCCGGAAAGAACAGCAUGCUAAUAUGAUUCCCGAAGUGCCAUCGUCCAAGAUCCUGCUAGUCCUGGCAACCAUAGUCGCCGUCGUUGCACUAAUCAGCAGUUGGGUACCCCAAGUCACGGCCGUACCAUUGGCCCCCACGGACCACGACCAGAAGCGAGUAAUGUGCUCCAGCAAUCUCAGUUAUGUAAUACAGGAGAUCUGUGCCGCUGUAGGAACAAUAGGCCACGGCGACCUUUACACCACCAGUUCUGAGAAGCGCAGGAAACGAGAUAUGCAGAAUGUCGCCAGUACCUGCUGCAAGCAAGGAGGUUGCUCCUACAGUCAGCUGCGGCAAUACUGCAGAGAAUAACAUUUCCGUAUGUCCGUUUUCCAACCCCGACACUGCACUCCACUGCACUACAGCACCAUCCCACUCCAUCACUCGUAACCAUUAAGAUAAAAAUGAGCAAGCAGCAGUCUCCCCUAGAGUAUACUAAGUAUAUUUUACUAAUUUAAACUAUACACUAACUCAAUUCUGUACAAUAAAAGAAAUUCAAAUGAG